AAACAAGCAACGUCUAUCUCACAAUGCCACCCAAACGACGAACCACAGGCACCGCCACGGCUGCGAAGUCGAACCAAUCCACCCUCGCAUUCCACGGCGCAUCCAAUAAAGUCACCAAAGCCGGCGCUCGAACGCACAAUGCAAAGAGUCUGCUCAACGACACACCGCAGAAGGCGACCGAGCCUGCCGUAGCUGAGAUUGCUACAACCAAAGAGGUCGAGGUCGAACCCACCACUGUGGAGGAACCCACGACUGCGGACGCUGCGAUCAUUGACGAAGCCGAGAAAGCUAUCGCCCCGUCAUCACCGGAGGACGAUGAAGCGAGGCGCAUAACGAAGGCGAAGAUAGAGAAAUAUUGGAAGGCGAAGGAAGCGGAGAGGAAGGCGCCUAGAGUGCACCAGGGCACUCUGAGCACACAUGAGAAGAUUCUCAGGGAAUUCGACAUGUCUUCGCAAUAUGGGCCAUGUACUGGAAUCGCUCGUUUAAAGCGCUGGAAGCGGGCGCAUCGUCUGGGAUUGGCCCCGCCCAUUGAGGUUUUGGCUGUUCUGUUGAAGGAACAAGAGAGCAGUGACAAGCUGUCAUCACAAAGAUCACAGGUUGAUGAGAUCCUCAGCUCGCGAAACAUGGUAGUUGAGGCCGAGGCUUAGUCGUCGCUAGGUGCUUGGAAUGAUAUAUUCGAACAUGGGAAACACAAUCAAUGGAGUUCUGGAGUCGGAAAAGGAUUUUUCAGUCGAUCUGCCGAACUCGGCCAAAGCGUGUGUAUUUGUUCUAACGUCGCAUGAUACGCACAAUAUGAAAUGAAAAUUUUCAAUUCAAGAAUAAA